GUAGCAACAAUAUGAUCUGUCUUGGUAACAGGUGGUGUUGGUGUGAUUUCCCUGUGUAGCGGAGGAGCUGCCAUGCCAUUUGGCUGUUUGACACUCGGGGAGAAGAAGGAUUACAACAAUCCCUCAGAGGUGACUGAUAAAUAUGACCUCGGCCAAAUUGUCAAAUCGUGAGUAUUCCUUCACAAUGCUUCACAACAACACUUAUAUUCUGUAGUCUGGGACUUUUAAGUAAAUAGUAAAAUAAUGCUUCUUCCAUCCAGUAUAGAUUUUUGUGACAUUUGUAUUUUGUUUUCUCUUGUGUGUGGUCCUUGUUUAGGGAGGAGUUCUGUGAGAUCUUCAGAGCAAAGGACAAGAACACACUCAAAAUGUUCACCUGUAAAAAGUUUCUCAAAAAGGAUGGGAGGAAAGUGAGAAAAGCUGCCAAGAAUGAGAUCCAGAUCUUGAAGAUGUGAGUUAUAUUCAGUUUGGCUUAUGCAUUAUUGCAGAGCUUUACCCUUGGCAUCUGAAAUGCCACAGAAAUGCAUGAAUCAUUGUGUGUUAAAAUGUAACAUUUAUGCAAUUGAAAUUGAAAAAACACCAUAGCGAUAGUUAACAGAAAUUACUUACUAACCGUUACUAAUUACUGAUGUUACACAUGCUGUUCCCAUAACAUCCCCAUAACGUUUCCAUAACACCACUCCUGUUCAGCUUGAAUUCUCCAUUAGCCUUUAACAAUGCAAAGUUCUUCGACUACCAAAAACUCUGAAGCGAGCAAAGGAAAUGUACCUUUUCUGGUUACAAUAACGCAAUAUCUCUUUAGCAGUCCAGUCUGAAAUUAGCAUGGAGUAGGAUCUGUAAUGAAUGAGCCACAGACCCCAAUCUGUAAUUGAAAAAUAUAUAUAUUCAAAUGUAAUUAAAACACUUAGGUCAUUCAAUUAAUAUAACAAUAGAAUAUGCCAAUCAAGAUUCCUUGAAAGACCAAAUGAAAUGUCUUAUUAGCACACGUUAGUGCUGUAGUGAGACCAAUCUCUAGGUUGAAUUAAUUCAUCAGGAUUUCACUGGAAUUGGAAAUGGUCCACUUCCCAUACAGAUCGAAAUAUAAUCAUUAAGCCACUCAUACAAUAUCACAAGUAAUGUCCAUUUUUGUCUAUACUGAUUUUAUUCAGUGCAUGAGUAGGCAUUCCAUAAUCUGAAUUUAACUUGAAUUGGAAAAGGUCCAAUUCUCUAAUGGUUAUUAAAUCAUUAAACUACUAAUACAAAUUAUCAAAUGUAAUGUCUUUUAAUGAAUCCUAGUUAAUCUUGGUUUAUAAUUGCUCAAUAUAUGACUUUGUUUUUAUCUGUUUCCCUCUGUGUCUCCCUCCCUCUUUCACAGGGUAAAACAUCAUAACAUCCUCCAGCUGGUUGAUGUCUUUGAAACUAGGAAGGAGUACUUCCUCUUCCUCGAGCUGUGAGUGUUAUUGGAGGUUAUUGAGUGACAUUGGUUAGGGCUUUUUAUUUGUAUAUGUUCCCUUGAAGUCAUCAUGGUUCCGUUCCACUGAUAACACCAUUAGGGAGUGUACAAAAAGAUAGCCUACCUACGUCCUGCAGACUUGCCAAUGCAUACUUACCUUUCUGAACCCCUGUGUGAAAUGUCUAUUUUCCAUAUCCUCCUGGAGAAUCUCAUCUGAGAGUUGAUUUUGACUUCUAUAGUGUUGCAAGAGGCCUACAGUACAUUUUAAUGAUAUGACACACACCAGUGGUUUUCUCUGGAUGUUCUUCUCUGCAGAGCUACAGGCAGAGAGGUCUUUGACUGGAUCUUAGACCAAGGCUACUACUCGGAAAGGGACACCAGCAACGUUGUCAGACAGGUGUUGGAAGCCGUGGCCUAUCUGCACUCCCAGAGAAUUGUCCACAGGAACCUCAAGGUAUACUGCACACACACAACACUCUGCUCCCAUCUGGUGUUUCAUAGAUGUUAUUACACCACAGGCCACUCAGUCGGGUGACGGCAUUAGAAAUGAGAAAUGUAGCUACUUUGCCCUCUGCACGAAAUUAACAUUAAUUAUAUGGCACCCUGAGUAAUUGUCCAACCUGCCAAUGAUGUAUAUUUUUCUCAUGCUUUCUACAUACCAAAAAGGAGUUAUGAUCUAUUGACAUACACUUUGUUUUGUCUCACACAGCUGGAGAACUUGGUGUACUUCAACCGCCUGAAGCACUCCAAAAUAGUGAUCAGUGACUUCCACCUGGCCAAGCUGGAGAACGGACUCAUCAAGGACCCCUGUGGAACCCCAGAGUACCUUGGUGAGGGGGUAGGGAAGGGGGCAGAUCAUAGACUUAUGGGGGCAAAUGGGUUUGACAUCAGAGUAACGGUGUUUGGACAACUUUAGAGCUACAGUUGAAAUCGGAAGUUUACAUACACCUUAGCCAAAUACAUUUAAACUCAGUUUUUCACAAUUCCUGACAUUUAAUCCUAGUAGAAAUUCCCUGUCUUAGGUCAGUUAGGAUCACCACUUUUUUUUUUAAGAAUGUGAAAUGUCAGAAUAAUAGUAGAGAGAAUGAUUUAUUUCAGCUUUUAUUUAUUUCAUCACAUUCCCAGUGGGUCAGAAGUUUACAUACACUCAAUUAUUAUUUAGUAGCAUUGCCUUUAAAUUGUUUAACUUGGGUCAAACGUUUUGGGUAGCCUUCCACAAGCUUCCCACAAUAAGUUGGGUGAAUUUUGUCCUAUUCCUCCUGACAGAGCUGGUGUAACUGAGUCAGGUUUGUAGGCCUCCUUGCUCGCACACACUUUUUCAGUUCUGCCCACAAAUGUUCUAUAGGAUUGAAGUCAGGGCUUUGUGAUGGCCACUGCAAUACCUUGACUUUAUUGUCCUUAAGCCAUUUUGCCACAACUUUGGAAGUAUGCUUGGGGUCAUUGUCCAUUUGGAAGACCCAUUUGCGACCAAGCUUUAACUUCCUGACUGAUGUCUUGAGAUGUUGCUUCAAUAUAUCCACAUAAUUUUCCUUCCUCAUGAUGCCAUCUAUUUUGUGAAGUGCACCAGUCCCUCCUGCAGCAAAGCACCCCCACAGCAUGAUGCUGCCACCCCCGUGCUUCACGGUUGGGAUGGUGUUCUUCGUCUUGCAAGAGACCCCCUUUUUCCUCCAAACAUAAUGACGGUCAUUAUGGCCAAACAUUUCUAUUUUUGUUUCAUCAGACCAGAGGACAUUUCUCCAAAAAGUACGAUCUUUGUCCCCAUGUGCAGUUGCAAACCGUAGUCUGGCUUUUUUAUGGCGGUUUUGGAGCAGUGGCUUCUUCCUUGCUGAGCGGCCUUUCAGGUUAUGUCGAUAUAGGACUCGUUUUACUGUGGAAAUAGAUGCUUUUGUACCUGUUUCCUCCAGCAUCCUCACAAGGUCCUUUGCUGUUGUUCUGGGAUUGAUUUGCACUUUUCGCACCAAAGUACGUUCAAUCUCUAGGAGACAGAACACGUCUCCUUCCUGGGCGGUAUGACGGCUGCGUGGGCCCAUGGUGUUUAUACUUGCGUACUAUUGUUUGUACACAUGGACGUGGUACCUUCAGGUGUUUGGAAAUUGCUCCCAAGGAUGAACCAGACUUGUGGAGGUCUACACAUUUUUUUCUGAGGUCUUGACUGAUUUCUUUGGAUUUUCCCAUGAUGUCAAGCAAAGAGGCACUGAGUUUGAAGGUAGGCCUUAAAAUACAUCCACAGGUACACCUCCAAUUGACACAAAUGAUGUCAAUUAGCCUAUCAGAAGCUUCUAAAGCCAUGACAUCAUUUUCUGGAAUUUCCCAAGCUGUUUAAAGGCACAGUCAACUUAGUGUAUGUAAGCUUCUGACCCACUGGAAUUGUGAUACAGUGAAUUAUAAGUGAAAUAAUCUGUCUGUAAAGAAUUGUUGGAAUAAUUCCUUGUGUCAUGCACAAAGUAGAUGUCCUAACCGAAUUGCCAAAACUAUAGUUUGUCAACAAGAAAUUUGUGGAGUGGUUGAAAAACGAGUUUUAAUGACUCCAACCUAAGUGUAUGUAAACUUCCGACUUCAACUGUAUAUACCACAUUGCUACCUCUUCAGCAUUCCAUUUUUCUAUGAAUUAAUAUUGGAUUCUGUGUGUCUUCCUGCAGCUCCUGAGGUGGUGGGACGUCAGAGGUAUGGAAGGCCAGUGGACUGCUGGGCCAUCGGGGUCAUCAUGUAUAUUCUGUGAGUGUUUUUAUGUCCUCAGUUCACUAGAGUUUACAGUGUCUUGCCCAUACAGUUCUCAUGUUAUUGUCCAUCUCAGGUGACUAUGAACUCUGUCUUGUUUUCCCUUACCCCAGCCUGUCAGGAAACCCCCCUUUCUACGACGAAAUGGAAGAUGACGACUAUGAUAAUCACGACAAGAAUCUUUUCCGCAAGAUUCUGUCAGGAGACUAUGAGUUUGACUCACCGUACUGGGAUGAUAUCUCUGACUCAGGUAUAUAACACUAUAAUUCGAGAUCAAAUCAAAAUGCAGUACUACGUAGCACAUCUAGGAAACAGUAGAUGGGAAAAGUAAGUUUUUUAGGCGUGUCCACUUCUGUUUGCUUCAGAGGAGAGAAAGAGCAGAUGUGUACAAUCACCUCGACUAACCUGUACCCCCGCACAUUGACUCGGUACUGGUACCCCUGUAUAUAGCCUGGUUAUUGGUAUUUUACUGUUGCUCUUUAAUUUUUUUUACUUUAGUUUAUUUAGUAAAUAUUUUCUUAACUCUUAUUUUUCUUAACUGCAUUGUUGGUUAAGGGCUUGUAAGUAAGCAUAUCACAGUAAGGUCUACACCUGUUGUAUUCAGUGCAUAUGACAAAUAACAUUUGAUUUGAUUUUUUUAUUUGUUGUACAGCGAAAAGCCUGGUGGCAAGUCUGAUGGAAGUGGAGCAGGAUCAAAGACUGACUGCACAGGAGGCCAUCAACCAUGAAUGGUAUGGAUUGAUCCAAGAUUAAAAUAAUAACAAGUGUGCAGUAUGUGUAUGUGUUUUUGUUGGUUUUCUUUUUACCUGUCCCUUGUUUCAGGAUUUCUGGGAAUGCAGCUUCUGAUAAGAACAUCAGGGAUGGAGUGUGUGGGCAAAUUGAAAAGAACUUUGCCAAAGCCAAGUGGAAGGUACUCUUCCUUUCUGUCAAACAAACUUUUUUUGGUACUUUUGACCAUAAUUGUUUUACUUGGCUGCACUGCAUAAUGCAUGAAUGUUGUGCAUAUGAAGUUCUAUUCAUUCACUGCACAGUUUCUUCACUUAGAUGAUAGCGUUCUAAAAAUAUAUUUCUAUGGUCUUGCUCUUCCACAGAAAGCUGUACGGGUCACAACAAUGAUGAAGAGGCUUCGAGCUCCAGAACACAGUGACUCAGGGGCUUCCAGCCCGGUUCCAGGGGCCUCUGCUGGCCCUGUCACCCCCAGCAACACUCCAGUACCCUCAGCUGAUGCUCCUGAGGGCACCCCUGCCAGCACAGAGGUCUCGGUCACCCUCCAGGUCCCUGACUCACAGAAUCCACCCACCAUCAUCACUCCUGAUUCUCCCUCCCAGCCCGGCCCGGCUCCUGAGGAGCCAGAGGCAGAGCCCCUGGAACGGUGUAACGGUGACGCCGCAGCACCCCUCCAAACACCCCCACAAACACAGGAGGAUCAGAAUGGCUAGACAGAGCAGGACCAGUGCCACCCUCACCACACACACUCUGUUAAUUACACCACGCCCCACCCUCCAUCUUGCAGCAUUAGUGCAGAAUCAUCUCACUGUCUGUUUUAUCUUGAACAUUUGGUCUGCACCCUGUGAUCGUUUGAGAUGGCCUGUCUAUCUUUAGCAUUGUUUCCUCUCACUAUUUUCCCCUCCAGUUUUAAGGAUACUCAUUCUUUUGAAAAUGGUUCAAAGUGUGUGAGGAAUACUAUUUGUUUUGAGCAGGUCUAGGAAAUGUCUCAGUCUCACACUUUCUCUUCAAUUAAUUACUUUUCAUUUCAUGGAAAUCUAAAUUCUAUAAAUCUAUCUGUUUGAAUCUGAAUCACGCCUUUAGUGCAAUUCUUAGACACCUACAGUACAUGUUUGUAAUGUCCUGCCUCCUUGGUUCCAUCUCUUAGAUAGGCAAUUUCCAAAUCUGUUUGCUACUGUACCCUAGCCGAUAUGUUAGCGAGAAAUUAUCCUCAAAGCAACUGAUAACUGCUUAUUCUGUCUUUAUACUCCCAUUUAUGGAAAGAAGAAAGAAAUCUGUAAGAAAGUCUGUCUGGUUGAUUCAUGGUCCCAGUAAAAUACUGUACAGGCCUUUAUUAAAAUUUAGCAAAUAGUAGCUCAUGUUGUAUGUAAUUAGUUUAAGAUAGUGUCAAGCCUGUUACACGGUGUGGUGUCUAUGUUUUAAGCAUCUUUUAGCUGAGCUGAAGGGUUGCCAAAGUAUUAUGUAAAUCUAUGAAUUGAGCAAAAUUCUUAUUGCUGUAUAAAACUGUGACCCUUUUCUGAAUUUCUUUAAUUGUGACUGAUUAGUAUGAGUUUUUUUCCUCCAUAUGCCAUGACCAGCCAAUUUCACCUGAUUGCUUUUCAUAAUGACAUUCGUCAUUGUUUAAAAACGUAGUACCUAUGGAGGUAUGGUACAUUAGAAAAUAUUUGUAACUUACAGAUCAUACACUUUACACGUUAUUGUUUACACUAAUGAAUUGUUUACACAUGAAUACCUGUAAAGCUGAAAAGUAUAUUCUUAAUUCACUUAUUCAUAUCAUGGGAGCCACCACACAAGUAUGUGAAAAAACAAAGCAAUGAUUUUAUCAAGCCUCACACGUUUAAAAGUAUGCUACAAGGUUAAUGUAUGCUAUUAUAAGUAUGCUAUUAUUAUGUAUUUAUUUAGCGACUGUACAUUUUCUUGUAUUUUGAGUCAUGUCCCUCGUAUUUAGUCUCUGUAUUCCUUGACUGUAAUCUAUAAUAAAAUUAAUGGGGA